ACCAGGCAACAGAAGUGUCCUUCCAUGGUCUAAAGUGGUUUCCACUUCGAAUGACAUCUAUGACGCUAUUGAAGCUGGACAUCACUAUACGUGGGUAUUAAACCACCUGUGCUGCAUAUCAAAGACGCAAAAUCUGAGGUCAAUCAUUGUCUCAUCAAGAUCAAGAAUCAUGUCUCUCCCAUUUGUCAAGUCCAUUGAGGACUGCGGCGAGUACGCCAAAACAGUCGAACCCUACAUUCCGCAGCUCUAUGCUCUUCCUCGACAGAUUCUUGACAACAUUGCCAGUCCUCAUGGGCUGAGGCAGAUUUAUGUUGAUACAAACCCUCUCAUUUCGGGCUUUGCGAUCUCUAUUGCCCUUGGCUUUGUAUUCCUCGUUGUCUCCGAGAUCAACAGAAACUACUCUCAAGUUGAUCGAAUGUGGUCGAUUCUCCCAAACUUAUACGUCGUCCAUCUCUCAGUCUGGGCGCGUCUUGCUGGUGUUCCUUCUUCACGAGUUGACCUUAUUGCUGCUGCUACAACCCUUUGGAGUUGCCGCCUGACAUAUAAUUACUGGCGUAAGGGUGGUUACAAUAAAGGAUCUGAAGAUUAUCGAUGGGCCAUUCUCCAGCAAUAUGUGCCCCGAUUUGUCUGGUUCCUCUUUAACGUCACCUUCAUCUCUUUCUACCAGAGCGUUCUGCUCUUCAGCUUCUCAUGCGUUCCUGCGUAUGCCAUUCUGUGCUCUACCAAGUUUGAGCAGGAUGUGACCACUGCCGAUAUUGUCUUUGCUCUCAUCAUGGUCGGGCUGGUCUACAGCGAGUGGGUUAGCGAUGGUCAGCAGUGGGACUACUACGCGGCCAAGCAUCAGUACCAGGCCGAGGCCAAGGUCCCCAAGAAUUUCAAGUACUCCCAAGCCGACCUUGACCGUGGCUUCAACACUUCUGGUCUCUGGGCUUACAGCAGACAUCCCAACUUUGCUGCGGAGCAAAUGAUUUGGUUUGUGCUAUACCAGUGGAGUUGCUUCGCAACCAAGAACAUGUAUAGCUACACUUUUACCGGCGCUGCUGCCUUGAUCCUUCUCUUUCAGGGUUCGACUUGGCUCACUGAGCUCAUCACAGCUGGCAAGUAUACUGAGUAUCCUAAGUACCAGGAACAGGUUGGCAUGUUUUUGCCCAAAUCUUUCACCCCCUACAAGACUCCUGGGUCAAAGGUCAUUCGGACCAGCGACAUUGCGAAGAAGAUGGAGAGCAAGAAGCAAGCUUAAGUUUGUGAAUGUGGUUCAUCAAGGGCACUAAGUGCUUUGCUUUGGUCAGCAUGAAGGCAGUAUCCAAUUUCACCAUAGUCUAUAUACUUAGAGGAAUCAGUUGC